AUGCCAGAAGUUGCUGAAGUCUCGCACGUAUGUGCAUUACUAAGAAGAAACGUCAUUGGAUACUCAAUUCGAGAAACCAGACUUAAUGUAGACAAGCUAGUGUUUCCACAGCUUAAAGCGACCGAAGAGCCGGAAAAGACGCUUUUGGAGUUUGAAUCUCGACUUUUGGGAGCAACUGUCGCCAGUGUGGGUCGCCAUGGCAAGUACUUCUGGCUCAGAUUUGUCAAACCAGACCACGAUCCAACGGUUAUGUUGAUGCACUUUGGAAUGACGGGAAUGGUAAAGCUUAGAAAUGUGGACUCACAUUUGAUCUUCAUGGAGAAUGGCGGUGAUAAAAAGGUAAGGAAAGAGGUGGAGAAGGAGAUAGUGAACGAAAAGAACGCGAAGAACGUGAAAACCAUGAAGAACGUGAAGAACGUGAAGCUGGAGGAGGUCAAAGUAGAGAUUGAGAAAGUGGAGGUGCAGAAGGAGUCUGGUCCUCCUGAAGAAGAGACAUUUGUGAAGGCAGAAACCAUUAAAGAAUCGCCUAAUGACACAGUUGACGAAAUCUCAUCAACAGCUGAAUGGCCACCUCGUUUUACGAAAUUCGAACUUGUAUUCGAGAAGCAGGAUGCGACUCCCCAAACUCUCGACUUUGCUUUUACAGAUCCAAGAAGACUUGGGCGCGUGCGUUUCCUAACUGGUCCUCAGUAUCUGACCGAUGAGCAACUUCUAGCUGAGGAUCCACUCAAGGCAUUGGGACCAGAUUACUCAAAGGAUCCACAUCGGGACGUCGAGAAUGUUAAAGACGUGUUUGUGACGGGAGAUCCUGAUCCACAUCACCACGGAAGGCCACGUUUGGCCUUUGACGAGUUCAGUCGGUUGGUUCUCUCCAAAAAGAAACCUAUCAAGAGUUUACUACUUGAUCAGGACAAAUUUGCUGGUAUAGGCAACUGGGUCAGUGACGAGAUUCUCUUCCGGGCCAAAAUACAUCCGGCGGAAGUGAUUUCCAACAAAAUCGCUGAUCCUGAGAGUGAACACUUGCAGAGACUCUACGAGGCAAUAAUCUUUGUGAUGGAGGAAAGCGUGCGUGUUGAGGGCAAUGUGCGAGAGUUCCCUGAAGACUGGCUCAUGUUGUUUAGGUGGGGAAAGGGCAGGAAAGAGAAGCAGAAGACGAAGAAUGGGUAUAGUGUUGAUUACGAAACUAUUGGAGGGAGGACCAGUUGCUUUGUCCGUGAGUUGCAAAAGCCGUUGAAAAGAGAGGUGACGGAGAAGGAAGAAAAUACAAGGAAGGUCAAGCGAAAGGUAAGCUCGAAAUAA